AUGCCGCACCCGUACCAACCGGGCUUCCUUUCCCGCAGACGCCGGCAGCAAACCGACGAUGUACCUUCUCCCGAAGAGAACAUAGGCCUCAGCCUUGUCGAGAGCCUCAGCCUUCGAGGCGUCAGUACGGAGAAGUCCUCUGGAUUGAGGAUUGUGAACAAUUCCCCUGGCGGGGGACGCCAGGAGAACGCCGUCGCCAAAGUCCCCGGCCUGGAGGGCACGUAUGCUGGGGUGAUUGACAACCAUCAAAGCUUGCUUGACUUUUACAAGAUGAUGCCAAAAGGCACCCUGAGCGUCAUCUUCGCCGUGCCCCCUAACGGGUCGGGGGCUAGCAUGGCUACAGCAGAGAUCCCCUGGAGUGCUCUCAAAGCCUCGGAGGAAGCUGCUGCUGCAUCGACAGAGAACAACGACGAACAGGCCUUCGAAGACACCGAGACGAUUGUCGCAGACGAUGAGACUGUCGUCGGUGAAGAAGAAUGCACCAAAAAGGGUGCCGAUGAGGAAAACAACAAGACCUCUCCCGAGCCAGCUGCCUACAACAGCCCACGCGACCAACCGGCAGAGGACACGCAGUCCCUGUACCCAGACUUGGCCGGAACACGAAUGUCGAGUAUUUACACCAGCCCACGCGUGUCCAGUGUUCGAUUUGAACAGGAUUCUGAUACUAAGAAUAGAAGUCGCUACCAGAACAGUAGUACCAUCGAAUUCACGUACUCCCCAUCACUCUUUUUCUACUCCAACCCCAAAAUGAGCAGUGACGAGUCAAACGGGCGCGAGAGGCCGAGCGUAGAGGCGCCUGGCAACGACGUGCAGCACGGCGAUACUCAGCAAGACAACGGUUUGCAAAACAAUGACGUUCAGAAAGAAGGCAUCAAGCAUAAUGGAGCUCAGCACGGCGGCCCUGAGCCAGAAAACGAUCUGCAGCACGAUGGCAUUAAAAAAAACGGCUCUCAGCAUGGAAUCGCUCCUCAGCAUGACAACGGUCCACAGCAAGAUAACGACGACGACACGAAGUACGAUGAUGUUCCUCAGGCCAACGAUACUCAGAUCAACGGGGCCCAGAAUGGCAUGGAUUCACAACGAGGCAACGACACUCAGCAUGGCGGUACUCAACACGGCGGUACUCAACACGACGGUACUCGGCCUGAUGUUGAUUUGCGGCAGGGUUAUACUACUCAGCAUAACAGAACUGGGCACUACAACGCCCAUCAGCCCUACGAUGUCCGCCCAUGCCACAACGGUCCUCAGCACUAUGUUGCCCUUCCAAUCUACCAUUACAUGCCGCCUCUACCUCCAAUAGGCACAAGUCACCCAGGCUAUCAUAAUAUGCCGGUAAACUCCCAGCCACAAUGGUGGCAGCAAGAUUACGGUCAGCCUGGCAUACCGAAUUUUCAUGAGCAAUCCCAACCCAACCCAUAUCAAGGCAUCAGAAAUGGAACGGCUUAUCCCGGAAGAACCCACCUUCAGAAAGCACCAGUCAUUCUGGGCAGUAUUGAGCAGAGUUGGGCGAGUGGGGGGCGUCAUACUAUAAAGAUCGACAGGCGCGGAGGCGGAAGGACUAUCAACUUCUUCGGCAAAGUCCCCGGCCUUGUCCAUACUUGGGCAGGUUUUGUCGAUAACCCUCAAAGUCUUCUUGAACUCUACAAUUCUAGGUCAGGCGGUGUGGUGAGUAUUAUCAUGGCUUCUAGUCGCAGAGGAGCAACAAGAGACACAACCAUCGAUUGGAAUGUUCUACGACCGACAGUACCCCAGCCUCUUCUAUCUAAUGAAAAUGGCCCCUCGACAAAUGAAGACUCAGAAAAUCUCCAAGCCACAAAUACAAGCGUCAGCAUGCUUCGUGUCAACAGUAUCGGACUGGAGAGUAUUCAAUACAAGGAAGGAUACAAUGCGGGCGCUCGUGACAUCAGAGUCCGGAGCGACUCGCAGAGGGGGCUCAACAUCCUAGCCAAAGUUGACGGUCUUGCCAACACCUGGGCAGGUACUGUAGGAAGCCCUUCAACCCUGAUGGAAAUGUGGAAUCAGAAGCCUCCAAACACAACGGCGAAUGUUAUCAUGACGUUUGAACACAACGGACCAAAAACAAGUACAGAGAUGAGUUGGAAUGUUUUAUUACCACCUAAACAGGUAUCGAGCUCACCCUACCCCAGACUGUCCACGCCUGCCCCAUUUGAUGAUACCUAUCAGACCGUUCCUAUCUUCAUUCCUUUCUGGGACAUUCACUAUGGGAAUCAAUGACUGCUCGAGAGGGAGUACCGACAAACGUGCAGAUACUACUGUCUUUAAAUGGCUCCAUCAACAUCCCAGGGCAGUUUAUCGACUCGGAAUUGUCACAGGAUCGUGGACGGGGAUGGGGUGGAACUCUUGGUUUACCCAGGCCAGUCGCAAGAUCGAAGCUGGCCAUUUGGUGCGCAGAGCAGCAUUUGUGCAAGAUAUGGUGUGGAUUCGUUUGAGUUUCACUCACCGACUAUCGUUGUAAGCAUGUCUUUGGGUUACGGUAUUUUACCAUGUCUUCAUAUGGGGGUUGGCAGAUUGUGUCCACAGCUUGUUACUUGGAAAAAGAGUUUAGCGAGUCAAUCACUACAGCGAGUCUAUUAGCA